UCAAAGUCAUUAGGCGGCGAGUCCUCUGCAGACACAGGAGUCACUAAUGGAACAGGAUCGCCAAGAUACAAAUCCACAUCAGAGCUUGCCGGUGCAGAAGUCGACGGAUUAGCCAAUCAGGAGCAGAGGAUCCAGUUUGUAGUCCCUUCUCUUGGUGACCUCACCAGGAAGAAUUGGACCUACCUGACCAAUGAGACCCCAGAGGUUGGGGACACCUGUAAGACCUGGGACGGCCCCAGCGGCUCCUGCAGCAGCUUGGUGGGAUCAGAGCUGGAUCUGGAGUCGGUCCAGAGGAGCCACACGGCCCCGGACCGCACCGGCAUCCGGAUCUACUACAGCCCCCCUGCUGUACGACGCAUGGAGCACCACCGGAGGAGCCAGGAGGCCACAGAGCCUCAGCAGGCCCAGAACGGGAGCUCUGACCUGGGAGUGGCGGGCCCGGAUCUAGGCAUGGCUCUGGAGGAAACCGUUGAGAUUCAGCAGCAACAACCUUCACCCUCCUUCUCGUCCUCCUACGAGCAGUGGCUGAGCUCGCUGUCCAAGCAGCACAGGGAGCUGCUGGAGAGCAGAAGUGGCUCUAUCGCCGGUUCGAUCCCCAGCAACAGUAGCUCAGUUGAUGGAAUGACACCCUCGUCUGCUUUCCAUGGUCUGGAGAUUGGGGAGAUUUCAGCCAACUUGAGUGAUGACAUGAAGGAGAUGACCAACUGUGUCCGCCAGGCCAUUCGCUCGUCCUCUCUGGAGAGGAAAUCCACCAAGGAACCCGGAAGCCAGGCGAUGGGCAUGUCCACCCGGUCCACGCAGACUGCCACACAGUACGUAAGCAUCGGGCUUCAAACCGACAUCCUUCCAGGCAGCAGAGUGGUGGGUUUACACUCCAAAUCCUGGUCUCCUCGCCCCUUGCCGACAACCAACUCGCUAGCAUCCGCCAGAACCCGGCAGAUAUCCACCUCCCUGGAUAAAGUUCACAGCCGCAUCGAUAGACCAUGCUGUUCACCAAAGUAUGGAUCCCCGAAACUACAACGCAGAGUGUCUUCUGGCUCCACUUCCAGACUGGAUGGGAGUACCUCCUCCAGGGACCGCAGCCUGUGGAGCCUCCAGCAGAGAUCCCUGAGUGGAGGCGGAGGCUCUGCCUGGGCUCGCUCCACCACCACCCGGGACAGCCCCGUGCUGAACGGCCUGAAUGACGGCCUCUCUAGCCUCUUCAGCUUGGUGGAGCACACUGGAAGCACAGAGUCGCUCUGGAGGGGGGAUGGAGGAGCCAGCCAGGGAGCCAGUCCAGCACGGCUGCCUGCUGCAGCGGGGAAACCCACUGCUGUGCCAGUCUCUACAUGUGACCCCGGCCCUCAGCGGUACGGAGGCCUGGUCCAGGAGUUCUUUAGGAACGUCUGCAGCAGCCGUGGCCAGGGAGCAGUCACCCUGCCUGGAGAGAGACCACUGAGAGACUCCAAUGGCAGUCUCGGAGGUCCGAGUGUCUUGGGUAGUUUUGGCGGCAUUGAUGAACCUAAACCAGAGUGCGUGUCGGCCGGGGUUGGAGGAAUCGUUGCGCUGAACGGAAGCAACGACAAUGUGACCCGGAUCGUCAAUAAGAGGUUUAUGAGACAGUCAACCGGGGAGGAGAUGAUCAAUAUCAUGGGAGGAGGAAAGGAAUUGAUGAGCAACACGGGGGCUGCAGGAACUGUGACGGAGGAUGCACCUUGUGACUGUGCUGCCCAAUCUUCCUGCCCCGCUCGACCAUCGAGAGCAACAACCCGCCAUUCGCUCGGCCAGUGCAAGCACCGCCCACAAGAGUCUCCUGCAGCACCAGAGGAGAAGAGUGACACCUGCAACGAGUGAUGUCACUCCUACUGCCACAUCUAAAGACCACACACACGCACAAUCAUCCUGAUUCUUCACAAACACUAUACAACACUGCCAUAAAAUCCCACUUUUUCUCACAACUGCAUGUACAUACACACUUCCAACCACCUGCCACACAGGUGCACUGCCAAACAUUACACAUACCUGAGCACCUCUAGCACAGACUGCCCCACAAAGCCACUGCCACAUUCACACAACAUCCACUAACUAACACAUAACCCAGGCAAUUAUUUCACUUGUCUUGGACUGUACAUUUUCUGAUGCCAAGGACAGGGAGGACCAAAACUCCAACCCAGCAACAGGUCCAACCAUCACAAAACUACCAGCAGGGCAUAAAACAUAAACACACACAUUUAUAAUCUGAUACAUUUGACUCAACAAGAACUCAACGAAAUGAAAUGAAUGUCUUUCAAGUAAAAUUCUGAUGUCAAGACUGGAUGUACUAACCUCCCCAACCCUAAUUAACAGAAUGACAGGAAAUAAAAAUGGUCAGUUUUGAAAUGGAAAAAACAUGGAAAGUAGCCAUGUCAGAGUUAUAGAUAAGCAAUGAAAAAGUGCUGGAUAUCUCCAAUGAUUUCUCUCUGACCCUUGGCAUUAACACACAUGCUUGGCCGGGAGAAUCAAUUAAGCCUUUUUGAUUGAUUAGCACAAUAACAUUCUAGCAAGAAAAAAAACGCCACCUCUUGAAGACAUCUGUUCCAGUUGCAGACUAGUAUUUGAAUGUUCUUUUAUUACAGUUAAUAAAAGGACAAACUCCACUUCUAUUUGACUGCAAAUCCCAGCAUCAUAAGACUGGGACAUCGUUGAUGGAUUUUUGGACUUGUAAGCUCUAUAAAGGCUGAUUUGAGUGGACUUCCUAACAUUGUUGUUUGGUAACAGACCUUAACAAAAAGCAGAGCUCCUCAGGCGGGUUUAGUUUUAACUUUCCUACGUGUUCCCAGAAUAGCUUUGGCCAGAAAUACGGGGAUGUUUUGUGGCACUGUAGCCAUGGCUUCAAUCUUUUAGAUGUAAGAAUAAUUUCUUCAAACGUGUUACACUCCAGAUGUUGAUUGGGAAAAUAAUUGUUUUAUAUGUUUUGAGAUAUUGAGAUUCCUCUUAUAACCAUUGAUGAUCUGACAAAUACAGUCCUACAGCACAUUACAGUUGGUUACACUUUCUGAUCGACUGCAAGUUUAACCAUAAACCCAAUCUGUGAUUUAGUAAAUCAAGAUUUCGCUUGGCAUUGGAUAGAGAUGCACUAAUAUCACUGUUUUAACAUAUAGUAACAGUUUUUCAGAGUGCCUCAAACAUUUCUUUGGUUUAUGCUACACAAGUCCAAACCAACAAAUUAAAUGUAUUCCAUUUCUGAAGAAAAAGUACAGAAAAAGAACACUACAUUUUCAUGUCACAUGUGACUUUUAGAACCAUAUUAACAUAAUUGGGAAAUUAUUUAAUAACAGUAAUAAUAUCGACUUGAUAUCCAUCAACUUUAUGUGUGCAUUCUUACAAUCUGUGCUACCAGGGAUCAGAUAUGAAGCGUGUCCAAAUUCAAAAUUCUAAUAUACCAUAGUUUAGAAACGUAAGUUAACUCUAAACAGUGUCCAAGUAGAAUUCAGUCAAUGCAUUCCUUUUAUAACAGUCUUUAUCAGAUGUGUGUGUUACUUUAUGUGCAUUUAAUGAUUACAUUCCCAGCAAUCAGGUGAACCAGUGCAUAAUUUCUAGGUCUAGUAAGGAGAUAGUUAAAACUUCCUCUUCAAUCUUCUCUCACCCACAACUGUCCUUGUGUUACUACUAGACAGACGGCGCCCCUACUGUAUGAAAUAUAUUCGCAGUUUGAAAAUGUAGCGUCAUAAUGUAUUCUUGGUUAAAAAGCUAAGAGCUAUGACUGUCCAUCUGCAGCCACAGUAGUAGUUACUGAACGUUUUUACUUUACUUGAUUUAUUUAAUUUGGUAUUUUCAAAUUGUAAAUGUAUGUCCUUUACGUACAUGGCGGUCGAAUCCAAUAUGCCUUUAGUAGGCUGUCUGCACUCUUAAAAGAAAAUAUGGGAAAGAAAUAAAAGGCCUAAAAAUAUAUAACAUGGGAACAGACACAAAAGGCAUUGGUGAAUUAAAACCCUAAAAAAUACAGUUAACUGAAAACAAUCAUAUUUUAUUCUCUUAUGUCUUUGUUAUCCAUGUAGUUAUAUUUCUAAUCAAUCAACAGAAAUUCAAAGUGCCUGUCAGAUUACCUACCACAUUCAAACUGGACUCCAUGUAGACAUACAAACAAACCCAGCAUGUUCUUUUUUUCAAUGGGUAAAAUUGUUUUUCUGCACAUAAUUGCGAUCAUGCUGUAUUAAAGCUACAAUUAAGUACUGUACCAAGGUGCGAUGACAUAAUGGCUUACAGGUAAUGAGGAUAAAGUAUACAUGUAUGGUCUUUUUUAUACCAAGGGUUAUUGUACUUCUGGAAAUUAAAUUAUUUUUUUGUUCAUUUUA